GCAGAAGAAGAAGCAGGGAAACGGUGUAAAAGCGGAGCCGGUCCGAGCCGAGCCGGGACACACGAGGGACUAUUUUUUUAACGCAUAAUUACUCUUAAAGUGCGCAAACUCCCGCUUUUUGAUGCUGUCCUCACGGAGGUCUGAGCCAAUCACGGACUUACUGGUCUGAACCAUGCAGAGGCUGCUGCUGCUGAGUUUGGUGUUGAGUUUUAAAACUGUGUGGACGGCGAGGUUCUCUCAGGAGCCGGCAGACCAGUCGGUGGUGCGGGGCCAGAGGGUGAUCCUGUCCUGUGUCGUCUUCAACUACUCAGGCAUUGUUCAGUGGACCAAAGAUGGCCUGGCUCUGGGCAUCGGAGAGGACCUCCAGGCCUGGCCCAGGUACCGCGUGCUGCGCAUGCAGGAGUUGGGCCAGUACAACCUGGAGAUCCUGUCCGCCGACCUGUCUGAUGACUCCCUGUACGAAUGCCAGGCCCCCGACGCCGCCCUGAGGUCCAGGAGGGCCAAACUCACCGUCCUCAUCCCCCCAGACAACCCCGUGAUCGACGGGGGUCCGGAGGUGUUGCUGAACGCGGGGGAGUCCUACAACCUGAGCUGCGUGUCUCGAGGGGCCAAACCGCCUUCGGUGAUCGAGUGGCUGAAAGACGGCCUCCCCGUGGAAGGAGCUGCCAGUACCACCGAGGUGCUCCCAGACAGGAAGCGGGUGACCACGCGUAGCUACCUGCCCAUCCAGCCCGUGGACUCCGACACAGGGAGGAACUACAGCUGCGUCGCCACCAACCUGGCGGUGCCCACCGGGAGAAGCGCGACCGUCACCCUCAACGUUCACCACCCACCGACAGUGACCUUGUCCAUCGAGCCUCGCUCUGUCCUGGAGGGAGACAGAGUCACCUUCACCUGCCAGGCUCAAGCCAACCCUCCUAUUAUGGGCUACAGUUGGGCCAAAGGCGGCGUGGUGCUGCAGGGCGCCAGGGAGAGCGUGCUCACCACCAAGGCCGACCACUCCUUCUUCACCGAGCCCGUCUCCUGUCUCGUCUUCAACGCCGUGGGAAAGACCAACGUCAGCAUCCUGGUGGACGUCCACUUCGGUCCAAUUUUGUUGGUGGAGCCGCUGCCGAAAACGGUCGACGUCGACUCCGAUGUCACCCUGAACUGCAAAUGGGCCGGAAACCCUCCGCUCACACUCACCUGGUUCAAAAAGGGCUCGAACAUGGUUCUGAGUAACAGCAACCAGCUGUACCUGAAGUCGGUGAGCCAGGCGGAUGCCGGCCAGUACGUGUGCAAGGCCAUCGUCCCGCGGAUCGGAGUCGGGGAGACGGAGGUCACGCUCACCGUCAACGGUCCGCCUAUCAUCUCCAGUGAGCCGGUCCAGUACGCAGUGAAAGGGGAGAGAGGAGAGGUGAAGUGCUACAUCGCCAGUACGCCUCCUCCGGAUAAGAUUGUGUGGGCGUGGAAGGAGAACGUGUGGGAGAAGGAGAAGGGCACGCUGCUGGAGAGGUACACGGUGGAGCAGAGCAAACUGUCGGCCGACGGCAGCGGCGUCCUCUCCACGCUCACCAUCAACAACGUGAUGGAGUCGGACUUCCUGUCCACCUACAACUGCACCGCCUGGAACUCGUUCGGCCCGGGCACCAUGAUCAUCACACUGGAGGAGACCGAGGACGUCCCGGUGGGGAUAAUUGCCGGUGGGACGGUGGGCUCCACCAUCCUCCUGUUCAUCUUUCUGCUGGUCCUCGUUUUGAUCUUCUACCGGCAGCGCAAAGGCAGUCGGCGCGGGGUCACGCUGGGGAAGCCCGACAUCAAGGUGGAGACGAUAAACAAGGAGACCCACAGCUUGGAGGAGGACUCCGGCAGCGUGUCCACGGCGUCGCGCAUGGUCAAGGCCAUGUACUCGUUUCUCCCCUCUGUGUCCUUCUCUCCUUCCAAUCAGCCCUUUAAAGAUGACAUAGAGCUCAAGUCCGACCUCCGCAGCGACACCCUGGACACCCGCCAGGAGUAUGACCUGAAGGACCCCACCAACGGCUACUACAACGUGCGCGCCUCCACCCACGAUGAAGGCCGCCCCGCUUCCCGCUCCACCUUGCACUAUUCCGACUACCGCUCGCCCGCGGGAACGCCGGGCGGAGCCGCAUCCAUCAGCAGCAGUGCCGGAGGCUCGGGGGCCACGGCUAGCGGAGGGGCCCCCGGACCACCUGGCCCCCUCACCUCCCCGGGCCGCCCUCAGGCCUGCUAUGACCCCCGGCCCCCCUCCAGACUGUCCCACAUCAGCUACGCCCAGUUCAACACCUUCACCCGCGCGGGCCAGAGCCAGCAGCCCCCGCCUAACCCCGCCCCCGUGGCCGGCGACUUCCCGGGAGACUGCAGCCUCCUGGACUCCACUUCCCAGCUGGCCUACGACAACUACGGGUACCCCUCGCAUUACCAGACCUACCGCAUGGGGUUCGCUCCGUCCAGCCUGGCCACGCUGGAGGCCUGCCCCUCCUAUGAGAUGUACGGGGUCGGAUCCGGGGUGGGAUCCGGGGUGGGACCCGGGGUGGGACCCGGAGUGGGACCCGGAGUGGGACCCGGAAUGGGACCCGGAGUGGGACCCGGAGUGGGACCCGGGGUGGGACCCGGGGUGGGACCCGGGGUGGGACCUGGGCUGGGACCCGGGCUGGUGGUCCCUGGGGUUGGCGUGGGUCCAGGGGGUCCUGCUCCCUCAGGAUCAGAGACUGGACUCGGAAAGUACGGCAGCUCCACUCGCUUCUCCUACACCUCGCAACACUCUGACUACUCCCACACCCGGCACACACAGAGGAUGCAGACUCAUGUGUGAGGCGGGGGGGGGGGGGGGGGCGUAACCACCUCGCAGUCUCAGCAAAGCAUGAGGAAGCAUCUUAGAAAUAGCGUCACAUCCCAAAAACACACACACACACACGCAGUUAUAGAUUUACACACACACACACACACAAACGCAUACGAGAACAAACAAUGCCACACACAUGCACAGAGUCAGAGGACCGUGCCCGCGAGACGGAGAGCGAGCGAGAGACGGCGAGAAGAAAAAAAAAGGCGAUGAAGGAGCUUUAGUGAGACAGGGAAGGGAAAUUCCACACCGUUUUAAAAUUCCCUCACUCCCGAUGUGUUUGUAUAUCUGAGCUCUGAAAGAGCGGACGGCGAAAGUCACAAUCAAGACCGGGACAGAGAGCGAGAACCAGAGCGAGGACGAGAGGACGCAGAUCUUUUGCUAUGAACUGACUUUGUAAAAACGAUGAGCGAGAACCGACCGACUGUCGAACGCGGUGAAUGCCGAACCAGUGGAAGUCAUUUCUGGCCGCCAUCUUUUUGUACUUUUUUUUCUCUUUUUUUUCCCGCUGGUUGUCCUAUUCAAUCAUCAUAGAGCACAUAUAUAUAUAUAUAUAGAAUCCCAGAAUGCCCUUCUGUACAGUGGUACACGCCUGUUCGGCAGGCGUGUGUCGGGGUCGGGGGGGUUGUCUUCAUUUUGCACUGCAUCUACAGUAUUCAUGCUUAGACGUCCCUUAUAUAUCUGUGUAUUGUCUUCUUUUUUUUCGUUUGCACACCAAGACUAGAGCUUUGUAUUCUAUUUUUUAACAUUACAGAAUUAUUUUUGUCAAUGUAAAACAUGUAUUGUGUAUGUAUGGACCAAAACGUUUGAGCGUGAGCCCGCUUAACUCCGGGGGGCGGGGGGCGAGUCGUGUCAUCAGCAGAGCCUGACUUCAGGACGGGUAUAUCAGUGCAUCAAAUAAACCUCGUGCCAAGUGUU